GUUUGACGUCACGGGAUCGGGGCGGGGUCUGGCCGCGGUUGCUGUUCUCAGUGCUGAUUCUAGUCGGCUCGGUUAGGUUGACUGCGGGAGUUGAAGCAGAGGCUGACCAGAGAACUCGUUCAACCAUCUUCACCCUGUUCAUUCUCCCUGCUAAAUAAAAUAAAAUAAAAACAACACAAUGGAUUGUUAGCGAAAGUGUGCAAUGGAUCAUCAACAAUAAUGGAUUCGCUUGCCUGCAUUAUUAUCCUGUUCCUUUCGGCUUUUCAUACCCAUUCUUCCGCCGCUGCCGACAGAAAAUUCGGUUGCUUGUUUGAGGAUGAGCUGUGCACACCCUAUGAGAUCUGUGUAGAUGAUCGGUUGUUCGGCAGGUGCCAGCGGGUUCCAGUGAUAGACGUAUACAGAUACGAAGUUUCACCUCCUGUUCUGCAGAGCCUCAGGAGCCUCCUGCUCAAGCUGUCUCACAGAGGUCUGACUUGGCAAGAUGACACAACCCAGCAGGUGAUUUCUAAAGAACUAUCCAAACUCCGAAAGAUCUACCACAGGCGUCCCGAGUCCAGCUCCACAAACAGCAUCAGCCAGCCCUGGGCUGGAGGUCAAGGUGUUGACAGUGAAAGAAGUGAUGGAAAGAAUGGAGAAGCUAACCUGGAGAGGUCUUUGCAGCAGUACCUUCAGUAUCUGGGGUUUGUACCCCAGUCAGCAGCACAGACCAAUCAGAAGGCUAAGAACGAGAAACCUCUCCUCAAGAGUGACGCAAUCCAGGCUGACCGUUUGAUUGAUUACAUCCGUCAGAAAUCCAAGACAAGAGGAAAGGCUCCUCAAUCCAUCUUCUCUCUUGCACCGUCUCUUCAGACACAGUAUCCUGACUAUACCACCCCACCAAGGCCCUUUGUUCCCUUCCAGCUUGAAAGAGCCCCGGCCCAGGUAGGAGAAGUGGACUUCCCCAGCAAGCAGUCAGUAGCCAGCAAGGCUCUCCUCUCCACCUUAGAGGGGUACCUGGCAAAGAAGAUUGCAGCUCAACAGACACACAACGGUGCCUCUGAUGAGCAGCCCAAGGGCCCACUCAUUUACAACAACCGGCUGCGUCAGCCUACAACCAGCCAAGUAGACAGCCUGAGCCCGAGUGAAGACGUGGAAAGUUACAAGGGCAAGAAACCACUUCAACCAAAACCUGACAGCCGGCCUCAGAGACCCCCAUCUGAUAGGCUGACCUACAAGACUGGCUUGAAACAAGAAGCUGCCAAGGAUCCCCUCAGCUUCAUGGAUGAAAGCUUCAUUGAGAAUGUGGUGAAGCAGCUGGGGAAGCACAGUGUCAGCGUGGACGGGCUGAGCCCCAAGGAGCUGGACCAGCUGGCGGACGUGAUCGCUGACGCCCUGCAAGUCGUGGACCAGGGCGACACAAACCCACAGGAGAUGAAGAGAGUGUCUGCUCCCGGGAUGGAGGAGUAUGAGAAUGACAUGAUCGGGGAAGACGACAUGAUGCAAGAGAGGCAAUUAGAAGAAAAUAACCAAGUUCCAACUGAAAAGGACAAGAGCUUAGUUGCAAAACUGAUUGAGUAUCUGGACCAGACCCCCAGCACCGAAGCCUCAGAGCUGGAUACUGUUUUGGCGGAAAGCCAAGGCAAGGAGACAGAGCGAUUGGAAGCUUCGGGUGAAUCCGUCAUCGAGAAGAAAGAAAUUGGGGUGGAAAAUGUGAGGAGCAAAACCACCUUGAAGUAUCUGGAGAAGAAAGAAGAGGGAGAGGAGGACUCAGAGGAGGUGGCUGAACUGCAGCGCUGGAUUCACGACGCUGUGCAGCCAGCCAGUUCCAUCUACGCCAAGCCCCACAAGAAAGACAUGAAGUCUGAGGAGGAGCUGCGACUCAAUGUGGAAUCUGGAGGCGAGAAACAGUAUGGCUACAUCGUGACAGAUAAAGAAUCUCUUGACUCAGACACGGGCCUGCACUUGAUGGAGAUUUUGGCGAAUCACCUGAAGUUGCAGAUGAAGGAUUUCUUUGAUGUUGAGGUGCUGGGCCCCGCCGUGACCUUCAUAGUGAGCUCAAACUCACAGAACCUGACCACCGCAGAUGUGGCCAAUGCAGCAGUGGCACAGAAGGAGAAGCUUGAAAAGGAGACUGGAGUGAAAAUACUGCAAGCUGGAAUGGGAGAUAAGAGCACAUUGAAGUUGCUGCCCCUCAGAUCAGAGAAGGAGGACUCUACAAAAUUCUUCAUUCUCACAGUUAUCACGAUUGUUUGCAUCGUUGGAAUCCUCGCGGGUUCUGGAGUUGUGUAUUGCCUGCGCCAUCGCUCUCACCACAAGCUGAAGGAAAAGCUCACCGGGCUGGGGAGCGACGCUGGCUCAGAUGCCACCGCCGCCUAUCAGGAGCUGUGCAGGCAGCGUAUGGCAGUGAAGACGGCAGAUCGUCCGGAGCCCCACCACACCUCCCGCAUCAACAGUGCCUCGUCCCAGUUCAGUGAUGGGCCGAUACCGAGUCCCACGGCACGCAGCAGCACCUCCUCCUGGUCUGAGGAGCCGGUACAGUCCAACAUGAAUAUCUCUACUGGGCACAUGGUUCUGUCUUACAUGGAGGACCACUUGAAGAACAAGAAUCGCCUGGAGAAGGAGUGGGAGGCGCUGUGUGCUUAUCAAGCAGAGCCGAACGUCGCCACAGUCGCACAAAGGGCCGAGAAUGCUAAGAAGAACCGCACUGACAAAGUGCCUGUCUAUGAUCACUCCAGAAUAACCUUGAAGGUUGAAAAUAACCGUGGAAAUUCAGAUUACAUCAAUGCAAGUCCAAUUAUGGACCAUGAUCCCAAGAGCCCUGCAUAUAUUGCUACUCAAGGCCCACUGCCUUCUACUGUUGCAGAUUUCUGGCAGAUGGUCUGGGAGAACGGCUGUGUCGUUAUUGUGAUGCUGACACCACUGACUGAAAAUGGAGUCAAGCAGUGCUACCACUACUGGCCAGAUGAGGGUUCAAACCUCUACAAUAUUUAUGAGGUAAAUCUUGUAUCUGAGCACAUCUGGUGUGAGGAUUUCCUGGUGCGAAGCUUCUAUCUGAAGAACCUGCAAACGAACGAGACACGCACGGUGACACAGUUCCACUUCCUCAGCUGGAUGAACCAGAGCGUCCCCGAGUCCACCAGGUCCCUCCUGGACUUCCGCAGGAAAGUAAACAAGUGCUACCGGGGACGCUCCUGUCCAAUAAUUGUCCACUGCAGUGAUGGCGCAGGAAGAAGUGGGACGUACAUUCUGAUUGACAUGGUUCUCAAUAAGAUGGCUAAAGGUGCUAAAGAGAUUGAUAUUGCUGCUACACUGGAGCACUUGAGGGACCAAAGACCAGGCAUGGUCCAAACAAAGGAGCAGUUUGAGUUUGCAUUGACAGCCGUUGCAGAGGAGGUGAAUGCGAUACUGAAAGCUCUUCCACAGUGAGAGUUCAGAGCGGCUUCAGAUACUCACAGCUCUUCCACAGUGAGAGUUCAGAGCUGCUUCGGCUCCCAGAGGAUUCUUCUUUAGGUUCUGUAUCCUGUCAGUCGAUGUUGUACGAAAAACCGGGACCUGAUCUCUUAACUGUGUAUCUUUUUAUUGUAAUCUGUUAAAAAAAAAAAAAAAUACUAAAAAUGGUUCAACAGAUGUUUUUUUGGUUUUUUUUUUUAAUAAUAAAUUAACCGAUCUAAAAUUGGUUUAGAUACGUCUGCCUGCUGUGGAUCAGUUCAAUAAAUGAAUAGGGCAUUUUAGUGAAAUUUCCAAGAGCUUGUCCCCAUUGAAUUCCAUUGUAUUCUGGCCAGGGCAUUUCAAUGUGGUGAGGAUGUAAAACACACAGGCCUCUUUUAAUGCCUUUUCAUAUAAAAUACGUUAACAUUCUGCCAUUGCAGUGAUUAAAACUCAAUAAUAAUAAUAAUAAUAAUAAUAAUAAUACAAAACUCAUCAUGAAAGCUUGUUCUGAUCCACACUUGAAACUUCAUUAUUCUGACCUAUUUAAAUUAUAAUCGAUAUCAGUAAAAAUAUUGGUAGAAAUCCAAAGUGUUUGGUUUUACUAAAUUUAUUAUUAACUACAGUUGCAGAAAGUGGUGUUAAUAGCAAUUAAAGAAUAGUCUUUGUCUGUAUAUAGUCUAGUAAUGUAAGACUGAUCAUGUAGCUUCACCAUGUAACAGUUUCGUUCUCAGAGCUGCACAAGACUGCUCACAGUGCCCUGCUUUUGAUUUAUAAGCUGGUUGUGUGUUGUGUUUUCAUUUGUGAAAUGUUAAGUAUUAUAAUUUGCUUCCCAUUAUGUAACCCUCUAUAAUAAGGCUGUUGAAGCUGCAGCCUCCUGCAUCGUUAUGUAUGUGUGCUUUUAUUCUUUUAUGUCGUUGACAAAGCCUUCUGGGGUCACUGUAAAAGUAAACCUUUGUCACAGUAACCAGCUGGCGAUUCGUUAUGAUCGGGGUAACUUUUCUUUGUCACUAGUUUCAGCAAGGCCAGGGAUUAGGUUGUUAAAACAAGUCUAACCUCUGUAUGAACACACUAAUAAAAGAUCAUUGUUUUAUUGAAUCACAAAAAAGGAGCCGUGUGCAUUGAAUUAAGUGAGAGAGCUAUCACAGUGAAUACUGAUGCCCUUUCUCUGUUGUUGCACUGGGUCACUGUGCUGUAGAUCACAGGCCUCUAUAGUAUUGGCUGUGCCACUUGCUUUGACCCCAGCUUCUGUUUUUGAUGCAGGCUGCAGUCUGUCAGGGAAUGAACUAUGAUGACCAGACUCAUUUCUGCUGAGAUCAUAGACUGAGUGAAAUAGACUGAGUGAAACUCUAAGAUCUAAAAGAAGUGUAGACUAGCCCUCCACCUACGGCAGUGAGGCGUUCAUCUAGCAUUUACACAAACCUAUCCUUGAGAAUGACGCUGCACUGUCACCUGUUUGAAGUCUGUCCACAAAGGGGAUCAUUUCAGUGCAGACAAAUCAUGAGUUCAGGCUUUUCUUUGUUUAAAUAUACAGUUUAUGAUUUGACAUUUACACGUGUGUCUGACUGUUACCAAAAUUUAAAAAGCAAACAAAUAUUUUAUUCCAGCUGGCAAGUACUUGUUGAGGUUAGGUUUUGUCCUAAAAGCAUUUUUUUUUUUUUUUUUUUUUUUUUUUUAAUGUCAUACUAAGAAUGGUUAGAUCUUUUUCAACAAAAGAGAUAUUAAAGCAUGUGAUAGUGUCAAAACCUAUUUAUAAUUUCAUAUUGCUUGGUUAACCAUCGUAUAUUAUAACUAAGGUACAGGAUGGGCAAAUUAAAACAAAAUAAAUCACACACACACACACACAACACACAAACACAAAUUGAUACAUUUUACACAAUUCUAAAGCCAAGACAAUGCCCCUCAGUCAAUCUUAAAAUAAUCUUUUAAACAGUCAUACUCUGUAUGCGGAAGAGUCUUUGCAUUACCCCCUCCCCCAGUUCUACAUGCAGAGGAUUAUUUGUAUUCUUUUCCCCCUGAGUUCUAUAUGCAGAAGAUUCUUUGUAUUCUUUCCCCUUGAGUUCUAUAUGCAGAAGAUUCUUUGUAUUAUUUUUCCCUGAGUUCUAUAUGCAGAAGAUUCUUUGUAUUAUUUUUCCCUGAGUUCUAUAUGCAGAAGAUUCUUUGUAUUCUUUUCCCCCUGAGUUCUAUAUGCAGAAGAUUCUUUGUGUAAUUUUUCCGCUGAGUUAUAUAAGCGGAAGCUGCUUUGCAUUCUUUUUCCCCCUGAGUUUCAGUGAAGACCUUGGAGGUCCAGCCGUUGCUUGAGCCUCCCUUCUACAGGGCGGCUUCCUUAUAAAAUUGGGUCACCACAUCCUUUGCUAUUGUGCUGCCUCUUGAAUAAAAAUGAGUAUAAAAAAAGACAUUGCCUGAUAAAGCUUACUGUCAAAACCAACAUGAUCUACUCUUGCCGAGAAGAAAGAUGUCUGAGAUAUUGUCACAUGCUUGUUUUUCUUUACUUUUCAAACCAUUAUACUGGCCUACUGCCCCUGUGCUAUUUUUUUAAUUAUUAUUUUUAAUUUCAGCUUAUGUAUUUGUACAUAUUGAUUCAAAUUAUACAAAGUAUUUUGUUCUACCUAUGUAAAAAAAAAAAAAAAAAAAAACGAAUCCCUGAAUAAAGAGUCCUGGUUUGUGCUGUGAAUACUGCAA